AUGAAUAAAUAUAACACACGAUUUAAAGAUCCUAAUUUAGAAAAAUAAUAUAUAAUCCAUAAAGUUAAGGUAAUAUAGUAUCCAAUAUUAACAUAUUUGACAUUUGGUGGUACUAUUUUAUUACUUGCAAAUUCAAUUGCUAACUUGAUAAACAGUGAUUACAAAAAUGCAUUGAUUAAAGGAGCAGUCAUGAUAUAUAUAAUGCUUUAAUAUAUAGUUUUGAGAAGAAAUGAAUCAAUUAGAAUGAAUUACUGUAACUUGGCACUUAUGAUGACUAAUUUUGCUUCAUUAGCCUUUGAAAUUUCAAUAUACCCUUAAUACGAUUAUUAUGAUGGCUAUUUACUUGGAUCUAAUCAGAUGUUAGUACAUACAAUUUGUAUGUUUGCUUGUAAUUUGGAAUUAGGCAUCUUUAGUAAUAUUGUAUUAACAAUUGUAAGAAUAAUCUUAGUUGUUAAAAACUCAGACAAUCUUACUGUAUAAUAAUAUUUUUAUUCAAUAAUUAUGUCAUUGAGUUUUAUGGUAAUUUAAUAUUAAAUAGAAAAACAAUAUAGACAAUCAUUUUAUCUGUAAUUCAAAGACAAUAAUUGGGGUAUUAAAUUAUAAUAAUAAUUAUAGAAAUUUUGAUUCCUUUAUUAUUAAAGAAACCUUUUUUCAUUUUUACUUUUAAUAAAGAAACUAAUAUGUAUCAAACUAUUAUGAGUGCUUAGAAAGAAUUCUUUAAUUCUGAAAAACCUCUUAGUACUUUCUUAUUUAAAUCCAAAGUAAAAUAAUAGACACUUGAAGAAUAUUUAAUUAAAAAAACAGUUAUACAUGCAAAUAGGAAGCAAUCAUCUUGUUUAUUUAAUCAUUAAUUGGUUGUUGAAUAUUAGAUGAAGAAAUUAUAAACUUCUAUUUUGUGUUGUAGAUUUGAACAAUUGAUUUAUGCUAUUAUUAUCGAUUCUGAAGAUCCACUAUUAAAUUAAACUAAUAUAAAAUUACACUAAUCUUUAUAACAUUUUAAAAAUAUAUUAAAUGCUUAAUUAAUGCAAAUUAAUAAAGUCCUGGGUCUUUAUUUACAAGACACCUUUAGUCCUUUAUUAAGAGAUCUUAGAAUAUCUUUAUUUGAAGUAUAUUAUAAAUAAUUAUCAAAUCAAAAAUUAUAAUUGGUAAAAAUGAAAAAGUUGUUACUUAAAUGUAUUAAAAUAUUUGAAACUCCAUAUACAAGAAUAAAAAUUGAUUGUGGUGAAGAUAUUCGAUUUGCAACAAUAAAAUCUACUUUAAUUAUUUUUAUUUUUGAAAUUUUUAAAUAAAUUGAUAAGAAUCAAUAAGUUUAUAUAUUUGUAAAUUAAAAAAACACAACAACAAUGAUGAUCUAUGGUUUAAAGUAAUUACCUAAAAGUACUUAAUUUGAGAAAUGUUUUUAAACUCUAAUAGAUAAAAGUAAUUUUACAAGUUAAUGUAAAAAUAUUAUAAUAUAUUUUUUUAGAUUUUUCUUUUGAAUUUUUAAAAUCUCCAUCUUCUCAUUUUCAUUUUGAGAAUCAUAAUAAAUAUUAAUAAUUAAUUUGA